CAGUCACCUGCUGCUAGUUGUCACUGUGACAGUAGAAUGAGAGCUCAUUUUUUGGGAAUGUGGAUAGAAUUUUGACGGAAUUUCUAUAAGCUUCGCGUGGCUAAAGUAGUGACCGGUAUUCUGGAUUAUCCAAAACAUGGAUGUGGAAGAGUGUCUCAAGGAAUGGGAGGAUUUGUCAGCGGACUAUAAGCGCCUCGAGACGGUAAAUAAAGAGUAUGUCACGAAGUUGGAGGAAGUGGGUGAGCUCCAGGCUACGUGCAUGAAGGAGAUCACUCACCAGAAGUAUCGUAUGUCUAUUAUCGCAAAUGCUCUCAAAAGAUUUGAUAAGAAGGGUAUUACAAAAGAUGAACGCCUUGCCAAACUGGAAAAAGAGAUAAUGAAAAGAAAAGCCAUGCUGCAUGAAAUUAAUACCACACUGCCCAAACAGAACAGCCUGUAUCUCCGUAUUAUACUUGGAAAUGUCAAUGUUUCUAUUUUGAAUAAAAAUGACAAGUUUAAGUACAAGGAUGAAUAUGAGAAAUUCAAACUGAUAUUGAGUGCAAUAGCAUUUGUUCUUGCUGUUGCAAAUUUGUACAUAGAUUUCAGACCGCUGCAACUGAUACUGAUAUUCUUGUUGGUGUGGUACUACUGCACGUUGACGAUACGCGAGAGCAUUCUGAAAGUGAACGGAUCGAGGAUAAAGGGCUGGUGGCGGCUUCACCACUUUAUUUCCACCAUUGUGUCUGGCAUACUCCUCAUUUGGCCACAGAACGAGGCGUGGGAAGAGUUCAGGCACACAUUUAUGUGGUUCAUCGCUUACAUAAGUGUCGUUCAAUUCAUGCAAUUCAGAUAUCAGAGUGGUGUGCUAUACAGGCUGAAAGCCCUGGGGGCUCGGCAUAACAUGGACAUUACCAUUGAGGGCUUCCACUCAUGGAUGUGGCGUGGUUUGUCGUACCUACUGCCAUUUCUAUUCGGCGGAUAUGUAUUCCAACUUUACAUUGCAUACACCCUGUAUAAUAUCAGCUUCCAUCGGAGUGCGACGUGGCAGGUGCCAGCUUUAAGCAUGUCGUUCCUGUCGCUCGGAAUCGGCAAUACGCUGACUACCCUCAUAGUGAUACCGCAGAAACUCAACGAGCAGGUACUGUGAGAGUGCCCGACUGCAGAAACCUUCACUGCACGCAUUUAUGUAUGUGUGUCAUAGUAGUAGCGAUUGUCUGGUAACAGUGAACGAACAAAGAAUAAUGGCAACCCCUAAAAUAGAAACUUGUCACACACACUGCACUGACAAUGGUUGCGUUUGGCGGAAAAUAGCGCUGGCUAGCGCUAGUAAGUAAAGUGGCGGCGUUUUAGCGGUAAGUGCUGUCACUGUCAAAAAAAUGUAUGGGAUAACGCACAGCCCCCCUAGACAAAACGCACUUUUUGAUCGAAUCGAAAAUCGAAUCCGUCAAAACUCCAUACAAAAAAGGGGCUUUUCGACCACUUUUCGACUGCUUUGCGAUUAUAAUUUGCACUUUGUCUAGACCCACAGAUAUCGUGACUUUUGAAGUUUAGCAAACGUGUCCUAGCCGAAAACAUGUUAAAGUUUCGGCGGUUCUCAUGGCGAUCGCCAUGUUGCUAACAAUUUCUAACAAGCGAUAUUUUCCGCUAAACGCAGCCAAUAUUAAACUCAGUUUUUAAUUUGAGCCAGUAAUUUGAAGUUAGACUGUCACUUUGUAAUCUUAGUGGACGAAAUUUUUCUUUUUCUUUUAUUUAUGACCAGAGACUAAAUUGCAAUAUGAUUACUGUUAUAUUCUUUGGUUCGAAUGUUAUAUUAGUAAAAUUACUGACCAGAUUUAAAUUAGGUAACUGGGUCUAUAUGGCAAAGACAAAUAGAUUAGGUGGUUGACACAAUUUACCAACAAUCUAACCCAGAAAACCAAAAGGUUGUGAAUCUGUGUCAAAAUUGGGUGAAAAUAGAUCAGAUUCAUCCAAUUUGCUAUAAUACUUUUUUCGUUCACCGUUAUAUCGAUGUUCUAACAAGAAAACGAUGAAAUUUAUGGUAAUGUUAUGGUAAGGUAUGACGAACUUAGUCAAUUUAAUAAAAAUAAUAUAUGUAGGUAGUUGUUUAUAAAAUUACUGUCGUUUUCUUCUUGGACAACUUUAGUAUAUUUAGAAAAUGUUAGUACCGAAUUUGAACGCAUAAAUGCCCAUAACUCCGCGUAAGUGCUGCACCCAUUAAAUACUUUGUGAUUUUAUUAUUGGUUAUUUCCUACUAACAUUUUAACUACAUACCUAUUUGCAUGUUUUUUUAUUUCCUAAUUACCAUGUCUAUUUUAUAUUUCUUUAUUACUUUGGCUGUCUGGUGUGUAGUGGCGCUACCGAUUUAAUGUUAAUAGCUUUGAAUCAAGAGUCGAUAAUUUUUUAAUGUUGAUGAAAAACCUAAAGAGGAACAAAGCUAAUUGCCAUACACACACCCAUAAAAAAUAAUGUAAAAAAAAAUCUUUCUAACAUAAUGAAAUGAUUCACAGGAUUAAACAAAGAAAAAUGAUGGUGGCAGCACUUUCGCAGACAGUUAUAUUUAUGUAUAAUGUAUAAGUAUGUAGUAAAUAUUUCACGUGGACCAACCUAGACUAUCUAUCACCUAGCUUUUGGAGCUACAAGAAAAAAAUAUUAAAAUAAAAAUUCGGAUCAUCAUUAGAUAAGUUGGUGAGAUUUUAAAAUUAGGUUAUUUCCCAUCGCCCAAUUCAAAUGCUAGGUGGUAGACUAGUAAACUUUAGUUUGUUUGUCUAUUUAUAAUUUGCAUUGUCUAAAAUAAUUGUUAUAAAACAGAUAUUUUAGCGCUAUUAAAGUACGUAAUAUGUUUAUAAUUUUAGUUGUAGUAUAGCUCCAAUCGAACUAAAACGAACAAAAACGCACGAACUCAAUAAUGGGUCUUACAUAGAAUCGGUUUUCUAGAUGCUAUAAAAUAGAAAAUCUCAUCGUGUUUUAAAAAUAUACUUAAAUACAAGUACUUUGACAGGUAACUGAAACAAUACUGUCUCACAAUAAAAUUAGAAUGCAAGGACAUAACUAAUAUUAUGAUGUAAUUUUACUGUUUUUUUAUUAUACCUAGAACACAUACUUAUUACGCAGUGUUCAACGAUGAUGAUGAUGGAUAUGAUUUUAGUUAUAUGAUUUAGAUUAUAUAUGUGUAUUUGCUAAUUUUAUUUUCUACUUUUGUGAAUGUAUGUAUUUAUAUGUAUAGUAGUAUGAAGUAUCACAAUUAAAAGAGAUCUAGAGUUGUGCCAAAAUGAAUCGAAUACUUAGAUUUAUAAUAUUAGUCUAAACAAAGUUUGCAUGAAUGGUUUAUUUAUUGCAUGAUGUGAGAGUCUCGUAGUUAAUUAUAUUAUAUGGUAAUUUAUUGUUGAGAAUUCUAGCAAUCUAUGCUGUUAUACAGGGUGUGGAUUUGUAAAACAACGCCCAUCUCAGGGGUGGUAGUAUACACGACACUGAAGCCAAAAAAAUAAUAAAAAAAAUCAUGGAAAAGUCCAUGAAAUCAGGAAAAUGGUAUUAUUACGCGGGCGAACUAUAGGAAAAGUCCCCCCCGCUCUCCCAGGGCGGCGGGGGUGGUGGGGGCGGUAAUAAGCGCCGUCUUGAAAGUUUUAGGAGACGUUUGAACAAGGUUUUUUACUCAUAAAAUAUUUAGUUAGAAUGUUAUUUAUAUUUUUCUUGUAAUUACUUUCAUGUGUACUACCACCCCUUAGAUGGGCGUUGUUUUUCAAAACCACACCCUGUAUAGCGGUCCAUUUAUUUAUAGCACAUUGUCAAGUUGGGUGAGACUGUAUAAAUCGUCUCUAAUGAUAGGAAAUCGCAUAGUAUGAGCAGUUAUAGUGGAAUGUAGUUAUUAUUGUGAUUUUGUAACGAAUGAUAACAACGUAGCUAGGUUCAAAUGGAGAUGCAUAAGUAAUUCACGCUUUAAUUACGCGAAAAUAUAUGGCACCAUAUUAAUCACCACUCGGUAGCCACUUAAAAAAUUGUAGUUUCACAGUUGCGCACGAAGUUACGUGAUUCUCAAAUGAGGGUUUCCUUAAUUGCGUUCAACAGUUGGCACCCCUGACUGACGAGUGGUCCAUGAAAGACCUUUUACCUUACUCGACAGUGGCGCCAAUUUGGUGGUUGCACCUAUAUUAUAUCGCGCCAUCACCAGAUGGCGCGGCUAUAAUAUAAGGUGUUAUUUUUUGUACUGAUCAUACUUUACCAACGCAUCUAAUAAAAUCAUACAAAUACAACCCAAGUGUUUUUAAAAAAAAAUUCAGGCUAGUUUUUGUUUUUACUUUUCCUAACAAAAAAAAGAUAUUAUUUUUACAACCAUCCUGUCUUCACUCACUGCCUCUCUCUCUUUCUUUACUCAUUUCAUUCAUACGAGUACGAACAAUGGCCGCGCGCAUUCAUUCAACGUUCACACACAUAAAGGUUAGAUUACACUAAACCUACGUUACCAAAAAUUAUCACUCGUGAGUAUGUACGAUGUUACGUCAUGUUAAUAGGUACUACGCGCUGGGAGAAACAAAAUCUAGCUACAUAAGUAGGUAAAUAAGUGUAUUUUCAUUAGUGUAAUAGCGGGGGACUUUUCCAACGAACCGAGGCGAAUCAUCCGCGUUAAACUAGAAAUUUAAAAAAGGAUAGAAAUUGGAAUUCAAUAUCUACGGUUUCGUAAUGCCUACGCAAUUUAUUUAGAGACGUAAUAAAAAAUUGAUAGGUACAUACCUAUUACUACUUCGCUUCGCUUCAGUGGAAAUGCACCCUAAUAUUGAAUAUGAAUAGGUGUUGUAAAUAAAACACUGAUCAAUUUUCCUGGUUUUAAUUCCUAAAUUAUGAUUUGCCAUCACACUUUAGAUUCAUUGAUUUUACUUAUUCACACAUUUACCUAUUUUGAAUGUUGUUAUUUAAAGUUCCUAGGUUAUUAUUACACUAAUCACAAUACAUUUUGAACGUCAAGCCUUUGUUGAAUGUUCACGUAAACACUGUCUAGCACUGUCUAAUCUAGCCACGAUCGAAUUGAGGUAAUGCUUUCGGGCUGCACACUUGCUUGCUGUUCACUAGACACCACGUCGGAUGUUGUAUUCACAAUUCGCGCACUAACUUUUUUACGGAAAAAGUCCCUUUCGCGUAAACAAGCACUCAUCUGUCCAAAUCACACUGUAGGUAUGUACCUAGGUAGACUUCCGCAAUAACCAUCGAUAGAACUAGGUCGCGGUCGUGGCCCUUUGGCAACAACUUGAUAAGGCAUUCCGUAUUUUUACGCAAAAGCCGCCGUCUGCGGCGCUCGCAUCUGGGUACCGCCAGCACUGUGCCGGUGAUUGAAAUUGAAAUCCAGAACUUCGUCCUCGAAGCGCACGGAAUCUCGUCAAGUCAGGAUACGGCUGCGCUCCCUGAAGCGCUGCGCGGCUCCAAACAAGCAAUGAAGGUUUUCGACUCGUCAAUGUUUCUCGUCGGCCAGUUAGUGUGCCCGAAACAUAAUUUCACCUGCGUUUUGUUAUUGAUCAAGCGCGGCAUUGUAAUAAAUCACACAUACACUGCAAUACGUUUGGGCGCAUUGGACGGACUGGGACGAUUUAUUUAUGUUGUUGCGCUCCCGCAUGCCGAUCGGCGGCUCGGCGCGGGCUGUGGGCGCGGAGCGACUGGCAUGGCAGCGAGCGAUAUCAAUAUGGCCGACUCACGCGGCGCGGCACGUGGCAGGUCGUUGCCCUCGGCCGGCUACUACGAUAGUGCGUACAAACGAAUACUCACCGCGCUCAAAGGAUGAUUUAUUUUUUAUUUUUUUCGAAACAUUCUUUGUCGUUUUACUCGAAAACUAGCCUGAAUUUUUUUUUAAAAACACUUGGGUUGUAUUUGUAUGAUUUUAUUAGAUGCGUUGGUAAAGUAUGAUCAGUACAAAAAAUAAC